CAGCACAUGGCUCCGGCUCAGUGAGGAGAGCAGACGCACACACACACAGCUCCUCCACGGCUCCACGGCUCCACUGAACUGAACUGGACUGAGGACGUUUGGAGCUACGUCUUUUUGAGGCUGUUGGAUUUCUGCACAUUUUAAGUACGGACACUUUUGUUUGUUUAUUUUGAAAUCCUUUGUGUCAGAGAUGACGAUGCCGGUAGUGAAAGUGGAGAAGGGCUCGCCUGUGGAGAGCAGCGUGUCAGGGUCCAGUGCUCCUCCACAGACGGAGGAGCAGCCCCGAGGACGCAGGAGGAAGAGACCCCUGCAGCGAGGAAAACCCCCGUACAGCUACAUCGCCCUCAUCUCCAUGGCGAUCGCCAACUCCCCAGACCGAAGGCUCACCUUAGGAGGCAUCUACAAGUUCAUCACUGAGCGCUUUCCUUUUUACAGAGACAAUUCAAAGAAAUGGCAGAACUCCAUUCGUCACAACCUGACCCUAAACGACUGCUUUGUGAAGAUUCCCAGAGAGCCCGGGCGGCCUGGGAAGGGCAACUACUGGGCCCUUGACCCCAACGCAGAGGACAUGUUUGAGAGCGGGAGCUUCCUGCGGCGGAGGAAGAGGUUCAAACGCUGUGACCUGAGCACAUAUAACACCUAUGUGCACGACAGCGCAGUCUUCUCCCCCGUCCACGUGACCAGAACUACACCCUACACGAACUCCAUCUACCCCAACAUGACGGUGAGCCCGUCCUACAGCCAGCAGCUGCCCUCGGCCUAUUACCCCUCCUCAUCGCCGCCGGGCUUUGGGGCCGCUCAGAGCCGCAUGUUUAGCAUCAAUAACAUCAUCGCACACCCGGGUCCAGGGGGCAUGCUCCAGGCUCAGGGGCCCGAGCUGAUGCAGCAGUCCAGUCGAAGCUUCAGUCCAGAGGGCCCAAGCCCCUGCAGCCUGGGGGGCGCCUUCCAGAGUCAGUCGUGUGCGGGACCAGUGUCCAGCCGCUCCUCCGCUCAUCCAGGCUUCUACUCCAGCCCCACGCCCCACCAUGGCCCCCAGGGCUCCUACACACAGGGCCACCCCGGUCAGGGCUAUGGAGCGGCGGGGCGCCUCCACUCCACAGACAGCAUGGAGCACUACGGCCGGAUCUCCCCCGUGCAGCUGGGCUCCUUCUCUCAGUACAACAGCUCUGCUCCCAUCUCCAACAGUGGCGGGUAUCUACGGCACCCCUCAUACGCCGGGAACAUGGACAGGUUUGUACCUGCGAUUUAGCUCCAGACUCUGCGGACUCUGCAGACUCUCCAAACUGUCUGGACUCUGUGGCCCCGUGGAGCCAGCGUCAGCGCACAAACUCAAGGUUUAUUCUUCAGUCUCUGUGAAAUGACUCAACUGUGACAUGCCACGACUUUACCAGCCAUCCUCUGAUGGUCCCCUCUACAGUAUCAGGGUUUGUCGACUAUGCUCCAUCAUAGUCCUUUGUGAAAACGACUUUAGGAUUGAAAUGAAUGUGUGUUGUUAUUAUUAUUGCCAUUUUGGUGAGCUUUCGACAACAGUAAUUUGUAUAAAUUAUUGUGUAAAAUAGUGCUUUGCGGUUAUAGGUUUUGCAAGGCUUAAUUGUAUGAAGAAUGUAGGUUUUGUUUGUAUACGCUUGUUGCCAAAUAAAACAGCCUGUUAGGACGCCUUUAGGACAAAUGAAACAGCCUGUUAGGAUGCCUUUAGGACAUAAGCUCUGCUAUUUAGCACUUAUUUUUGCCAAUAAAAAAAUAAAUUAUUCAA